GCCAUGCUGUCACCAUUGUUUCUAUUUUCCACAUUUCUUGCAGCGCAAUUCCUCGGUGUAGUUGUUGCGGGCCUAUCGGCCGUGGAUACACAAGGUCUUGAACUCUUGAUCUGACACUUUCGGCAAAGGUGCUGCCCAGAGAGUAUAUUGGUGCUGCCCUCAGGUAAGAAACUCUAAAAGUCACGUUUUCUGGGCAUCAACUAUAUUUUAGUAUUAUAGUAGGAUUUAUUUAACAACGCACUUGUAAAUCAGACGUUGGAUAAAACAGCAACAGCUGGUUUACCUCAAGUGCACGACUAAAUAGAUCGUACUAGACUAUAGUAUAUACUCUUUGAUAUGCAUGUUCUUCCUGGUUCUUUCGCGCCACGCGUUGCAAAUGCGUACGGGUUUGAAAUAGCGAAUUAGUUCGAACUAUUGGAAUGAAGCUGCUUAGUAUAGAAGAUGACUUAUUUAUUCUGUGUAUUUAAUCCCUGGUGGGAAAGUAAUGUUGAAUUGUAUGACUUGUUUGACAAUAUCGUGGAAUAAGGUUUCACGAAUUACAUAAACAAGUUGCUAAUAAUUUCCUGGACCGAUAUUAUGUCUCAAGAAGUCCAAGUUCUUCAAUGCUACUCUUGUCAGUCAUACCAGACUCAGAUCGUGAAGAAAACAAAUAAAUGGGUUUGCAAACUUUGUAAUGAAAAGCAGGUUGUAAAGAAGGUAUUAGGUCAAGGGAAUGGAAAGGACUGUCGCAAACACUGUCAACGCUUAAAUGCUUUACGAGAGGCAAAACAAGAAAAAGAAAAGAAUAUCUCUCUCAGUUUGUAUGGUCAUGAAAAUACUUCUGAAUGUUCAGAGGAACGAAGUGACAAAAACAUGUCAUCUCAACCUGGAAACAGUAAGUGGAAUAAGUACCUCUCGCAGACUUACACUUCUGAAGUUGAUGAAGAAGAACAAAAUGAUAUUUACCCCUCACAGCUUUAUUUUCCAUCAUCUACGCCUGUUAGUGUUGACAUUCCUUCCCCUGCAAAUUCAAGAAAUGAUUCAGUUCAAACUAUUUCUAAUCUCUCAUCUGAUUUUUUUAUGGACAGUGAUGAUUGCUUGUUUGUUGAUAUACCACAAGACAGUGAUACAUCAAGGAAAGAUACUCAUAGUAGUGAAUGUGAUGAAAUAAGAACUAACACUAUAAAUACAGCUCCAAAGAAACAACAAAACGAACUGCUUCCAUCUGGUUCUUUUGGUCAUGGUGUUUCAAUUCAGUCAACAGAAAGAAGUAUCAAAAAUUCGGAACAUUUGAAAAUGUCAAAGGCAAAGCCAAUUGAAGUUGGGAGGGGUGGAAAAGGGCCUUCUGGACCUAAUCAUUGUGAUACCAAUGCAGUGUUUAAAAUGGUGCCUUCAGAUGGUUUUGACAUUGAACAUUUCAAAAAAAGUAUCAGUUUGUUUGAAGAUAUUGACAAAUACACAACUGAUGAAUUAAAUGAAAUGUGUAAAUUUUAAAUAAGAAAUGUAAAAUUGGAAAUUAAAUAUAAUUUACAAAGGCUUAGAGUAUUUGUUCCUUUACUGCAUUUGGAUUAUAUGGGGCAGAAAAGAGAACAUUAAUUAAUUAGAGAAGAUACCAGACUUUCUUGUGUUCUGUUUUUAUGUAAAUGUGUGGUUGUCUUUUUUUCUUCCGAAUUUCUAUUUAAGUAUUAAAUGUCAAGAUAUGUCUACUGCUGUUCUAUGAUUAAUAAAAGAUCUUGAAUUUAAAUUUAGGUUUUUUUGUAAAUAGACAUUGCUAACCAACUUCAAUUUGUUGUAAUUAUUAUGAUUAGGGAGCAGAUUUUAAUGAAAUAUCUUUUUUUUUUCUCUUUUCACUUUAGAUCAAUUCUGUUUAAUAUAGAAAUUCACUUUAUGUUAUAACAAAACAAAGUGACAGAUUUUUAUGUAAUUUUUGCAUUUUUUGUUGAUUUUGACUUAUAAGUUUGAAUAAUAAGUUAAGUUAAUAAUAUAUUUCAACCUUUCUGUGUUAUUUUUAAUGCAUGUUUCGCAGAUUUCUUUGAUUGUAAUAUCAUUUUAAAGGUACUUGCUUCAAACAAUAUUUACGAAGUGCAUCAAAUGUUCACCACAAUUUUCCUGUGUAACCUAUUCAAUUUCUUCAUUUAUAUAUUGUAAUGUCAGGUGUUGUGAGUACUAUAUAAUGUAAGGUUCCUGUGACACCUGUCAGGGAACACAUCUUUGCAAGUCUCCUGAUUUCACGAUAAAGGCAGAGAAUUUUCUUUUAAAGAACAGUCCAAACGAAAUGUUUGCAAGCAGAGUUCACUUGUGUUUUUGAUCAAUUUUUUUUUUUUUUUACGUCAUUUUCUUUUUGUUUUUAGGAUAUUUUUAAGAGCAUUUUAUUGAUCAUUUUUGGCAAUGUUUCAUGAUAUCAAAAUUCACCUCUCAUCAUGUUUUUUAAUAUAGUAAUUCAAAUUAAACAUUCUUCUUUUGAAAUGUAAUUGUGCAAAGUUUAAUCUCUGCAGUUAGGGGCUUUCUUGUUUUUAUGUUCUUUAUUGACAGUCAAUUUGUCUUGAAUUUUACAGACUACUUAAAUGUACACUAGU